UAUUACACAUACACACAUGCGAUGAACGAUCAUAACAAACGAUAACAAUUGCCAAAAUAAUUAGCUUACAUUUUGACAUUUAUAAUAUGUCUCCGUAAAAUGACUUAGCAUUUAGGUACUUUCUUAAUUUGUAUGAUUUAUAUCUGUUUGAAAAUGUCAAAUAUGCAAAAUAUAACAGAAGAGGAGGCGUUACAUGAGACAAAAUUAUAUAUAAAAUUGACAAAUAAAGGAAUGUUUAUCUACGGUGGAUGGAGUAACGAGAGAUUACUGAAUUUGCUAAAGGACAAACUUGUGCGAUGUAACAAUAUUAAAUCCUUAUCUGUGUGUACUGAUGCGCAAUGCGAUAAAUCAUUACAUUUUAUUAUGCACAGUGGAAUGUAUAAUGAAUGUAUUUUACUGAAACUAGAAGAAAAAGGCAUGUCACCACAAAGUAUUGUAAAGGCAAUGAAAUAUGGUCUCCUUGGACUUACUUCUGAGGAACUGAAAUAUUUCGAAGAUUUUGGAGCAAAAAUAAACGGAGAUACAUGGAUAAAAAAACUUAACGAUAAAUUUAUUUGGAAUCUGGCUGCCGCUGGAUUAACUGAAGAUCAAUGUUGGACUAUUAUUACAUGUGGACUGGUGUCUCAAGAUAAAAGUAUAUUGUAUCGGCUUUUAUCGAGUGGCAUUGAUGUUCCAGGAAUUAUAAACUGGCAGGGAAAAGUUAAACCAAUUUCACCAACAACAAUCCGUUUUUUGAGAAAGCUUGGGAUCGAUGAAGACACUUGUAAUUAUGUAGAAGAGAAUGGUAUCGAUGAUGAGGCAGAAGAUAUUCUAAUUGAUCUUGGAUACAAUGAAUAUAAAAAAAAAGAAGCUUUGGAAGUAACCGAGGAAAUAUUAUGUGACUGCAAUUUAACAAUAUUAGAAUCAUGCUCUAUUUUCCUGGAAGGAAAAACCUUUGACACAAUAUAUGAUAAUUCAUCGAAGACAUCUUGUUCUUGUAGUUUAGAUGAAAUGAUAUUUUCAAAUAUUUUUGUCACAAGCAUGCAGUGUAAUCUUACCUCGUGCCCUCGUUAUUCGAAUUUAUUGCUGAAAGAACAAGCCAGUAAAACUAUGACAAAAAAUGAUUAUUUGAAACAAAAUGUGUUGGUGCCACUAUCGUGGGCGAUAAGCAGAGCUUGGAGAUAUCGUCCAUCAGAUCCUAUACAUUACAUAGCCCACCAAUUGCUACGUUGGAAGUAUGGAAAUGUCCCACAAGAGGAAAUACAUGAUUUUCAACAAAUUAUCGCUUCUAGUAUGAUUCUGAUGGAUCAAGAGCUUAUGCAAGAACGUAAACGUGAAGGAGAAAACGUCAUUAGAUGCUCAAAUAAAGCUGUUGUGAAAGAUAUUGCUUAUGUCGUGUGUUCAGAACAACAGAAAUUAUAUCGUAUUAAAGAAUGUUAUUGGAAAUGUACAAAAAUGCCAAUAUAUGAUCGGCUUUUACAGCAAACAAAAAUGAAAUUUGCAAAAAGAAGCGAUACCUUGAAUGAUGAAAGAAUAAAAUGUAAAAAUUAA